CAUAUACAAAAUAUUUGAUUUUUUUCACGCAAUGGCGUUGUAAUACAGUCUUUGCUCGCGCCAUUUGCAAAGCACACGAUUCACAAUGUCUAUGAUAUUUACUUAGAUCAAGUGCCGCAAACCUAACAUUUCAAUUGAAUAGGCCUACCUCUAACUUGUUCUAAAAUAAGGAAACGAGGAAAUUUACUUUUUAAAAACUGUUUUACAAAUAAUUAGUAUUAAAAAAAAAAGUAUAUUUCUUAGUUUAUUGAUAUUGUUAUUUCAAAUAUAUUUGGGCUGUAAUGGCCUCGAAUGAAUUACACGAAGAUUUGCAUAAGUUAAACUUGGGUACGGAAAUGUUCGGUGAGAGUUUAAAGAAUUGCGCUGAUAAUCCAUUGGAAGAUGGUUUGUUAGGUGAUCCAGAUAGUUGUGGAAUAUGUGGAAAUACCCUAUGCAACCCCCGAGUGUUGUCCUGCCUUCAUGUUUUUUGCGAGCCGUGCCUUGACAAAAAGCUCAUUGGGGAAGCUGGGGACCCUGGUACUCCAGAAGCUGUUUUAAACUGUCCAAUUUGCAAUCAAGCGACAAAGGUUGGCAGUCGUAAGGUGGCUUCAUUGCCAUUGGAUUUGAUCUCAACGAAUAUAAUUGAUGUGACUGGUUUACCAAAUUUGAGCUGCACUAGUUGUUCAUCAAAAGAGCUUGCGGUGUCACGAUGUUGUACAUGUCACAAUCUAUUAUGUUCGAACUGUAAUUCAGCUCAUCAGUAUAUGCGUUGUUUUGAAUGUCAUAGAGUUCUUCCUUUAGACGAAAUUAAACAAAAGGGUGAAAAAAUCUGUAUACAUAAACCAAUACCAUGUACCUUACAUCCCAGCGAAUCUCUGUUAUUCUAUUGUGCAACUUGUCAAAUUGCAAUAUGCGCCGAAUGUGCAAAACUAGAUCAUAUGGGUCAUCAAUGUGAAGCGGUCAUUGAUGCUGAACAACGUGUAAAACAAGAAUUAGAAACGUUAUUGGCUGAAGGUCGUGCCAAGGCUAGCGUACUAACAAACGCUUCCGCUGAAUUAGAUAUUAGUUUAAAUGAGCUCGCACAUCAGCGUUCCGCUGCCAAAGAUUUAAUCAAUGAAUCAUAUCAAAGUUAUAAAGCUGUACUAGAAAAGUGUCGAGAUGAUGCUCUGAAUGAGUUAAACGAACUCCAUCAUGAAAGGGAAUUGAAAUUAAUGGAUUUAACAGAGCGUGUUGGUAAAGAUAUUAGUCUUGUCGAUGAUGCUUGCAAAUUCACCAGUCGUUUACUCGAGAAAGGUAACACUGUUGAAAUCAUGUGUUUAAAGAAGAUUGUUGGAACACAACUGAUGAAUUUAAUAAAUAAUACAUCAAAACCCGAACAAACAUACUCAAUUGAAUUCGAGACUGAUUUCGCAAACUUUAAGCAUACAUUAAGAAAAAUAUUUGGAAAGUUUCGUACAGAAAUGAAUCCAAUUGAUGCGGCAAGCUCAAAAGAUUCAAAUUCUCCAUCUAAUGUGCCAUUAUUACCUAUCAUGAACGGAACUGCGAAUAUUAAUUUAACAAAUGGAUGUACAAAUUCAUUAACAAAUAGUAGUCCAAUAUCAUUGCCAACAUCGAUGCAAUCAUCUUUUGAUGGUGAAAUACACACUGGUGGUUUUUUGGCACAACCUGUUUUAAGUCCAGAUAGUCCACCAAUGGCACCUGUACCACAAACACCAUAUGGAUUUACAAGUAUGGCAGAGUAUAAUUUACAGCAGUUAGCAAGUUUAGCGGAACGUGAAACUAGUGCUGCGCCAAGUCCAACGCCCUCAUUCACUUUAGCUGAUUUGUUUACCGGUGAUCUCAGUUCGGCAAAUAAUGCGUUGAAUAAUUUACAAGCACUUGCCAAACUUGGCUUGAAUAGCAAUACAGAUUUGAACGGAGGAGGCGGAAAUGGGCAGCUGAUAAUAGGUCGGAGUGGACUAUCGCCGUCGUGUAAUAUCGGUAAUCCAAUUUUGGGUGGUUUCGGUUCGCUGUCCACAUCGACCUCGCCUAUAAUUACUACACCUGACGAUAUGUUAUCGUCAUCCGACAACCUUCCCGUUGUUAUAGGUGGUUCAAACGUCAAUAACCCUGUAUCCAGUUUUACACAUCCUCCGCGAUCCAUCAAAUUAGCACCAAUGCAGAUACGUUGCAAGUUUGGUCAACUUGGACCAAGUAAAGGUCAAUUCAAUUCACCCCACGGCUUUUGUUUGGGUACUGAUGAAGACAUUGUUGUUGCUGACACUAAUAAUCAUCGAGUUCAAAUUUUUGAAAAAACUGGUACCUAUAAAUUUCAAUUUGGAAUACCUGGUAAAGAGGAAGGCCAAUUAUGGUAUCCUAGAAAAGUGGCUGUGAUGAGAACGACUGGGAAAUUCGUUGUUUGUGAUCGUGGAAAUGAACGAUCACGCAUGCAAAUAUUUACUAAAAAUGGUCAUUUUAUUAAAAAAAUAGCAAUCAGAUAUAUUGAUAUUGUGGCAGGACUUGCUGUUACACCUCAAGGACAUAUCGUUGCCGUAGAUAGUGUAUCACCAACAGUGUUUGUGAUAUCUGAAACAGGCGAUCUCUUGCGCUGGUUUGACUGCAGUGACUUUAUGAGGGAGCCUUCUGAUAUUGCUGUUCACGGGUCAGAUUUUUAUGUUUGUGACUUUAAGGGCCAUAAUGUAGUUGUAUUUAGCGAAGAAGGGCAGUAUUUACGUCGUAUUGGAUGUGAGAAUAUCACUAAUUUUCCAAAUGGCAUUGACAUUUCUGAUGCGGGCGAUGUGUUAAUUGGAGAUUCGCAUGGUAAUCGGUUCCAUGUAGCUGUGUUCUCACGAGAAGGAAAUCUUAUUACCGAAUUUGAAUGCCCAUACGUUAAGGUAUCUCGUUGUUGUGGUUUAAAAAUAACAUCUGAAGGGUACGUGGUGACAUUAGCUAAGAAUAAUCAUCAUGUACUUGUCUUGAACACUUUGUACAUAAUGUAAGUUAUAUACGGCAGUCGAAAGUGGAAAGGAAGCGAAUGAAAACAUCUCAGCUUGUUGAGUGUUCACAACACACUUCAAGUCAAACAAUGCAGUCUCCAGGUAUUCCGCUUCAGCCGCAUUAACACACAAGGACAUCCGUUGGCCUCAUACGUAUUAAAUUCUAUGCUUAGAAUAUUUCAGUUUUAAUUAAAAGCUGCGCGUGUCUGUUAAUGAUCUCUAU